CAGGGUAAAAAGGAUGGCAGGGGGUUGUCAGGAGGCCAGGAAGGUGGAUGGGUGGCUCACUGGUGGUAGGAGGCAGGGUCCCUGGGGCUUGCUGGGCCUGACUGGACAGUGGUCCGCUGCUGGUGGUGCUGAACCUGGGAGGCCCCCAGAUGGAAGGCAGCUCUGGGGCUGUCACUUCACUCCUGCAGAACGAGGGGCUGUCACUUCACUCCUGCAGAAUGAGGACGAGACACUGGACACAUAGCCUCUGCAGUCAGGGUGCCCCUGGUGAAUGCUACUCUGGGCUGCAGGCCGGGAGCACCAAGGGACACUGUGUGGCCAGAGUUGGCACCAGGAGACUUGGUCUGCCCUACCUCCGCCAGUGACAUGCUUUUUAAGUAGCUGGCUGGCAAAUGCCCUGUGCACAGCAGGGGCUCGGUGAGACUUGUCCAUGGCCCCUUGGAGGCAGGCUCCUGCCAGGCCUGGGAGAAGCCGUGGGCUGCAGGAACCCCUUGGGUUCUCAGGAGCUCGGCCUCCUCUUCUCUGUCCGGCUUCCUGGGGCUGGGCACUCCCCUCCAAGCCUCCCAGUGGGCAUGGGGGACGCCUCUCUGUUGUACCUCUCCGUGCCCACCCAGCUCCUGCCACCUGACGUAGAUUGGAGUUAGAAGGAAACUUGGGGUCAUCUAUUACAGCUCUAAAUCACCUCCUGGACAGGGUGGGGGGAGCCUGGCCCUUGAAAUACAGGCAGGGACAAUAAGCAAACUUCUCCCAAGGUUGCCAGUCCUCUUGAUCCCUCGUAUCCUGGAAGAGAGAGGGGGGAUGCAACCCCGAGCCCACAUGUGAGCCUGAAAGGCAGCUUCAGGAUUUUUGUUCCCAGGCAGGCGGCAGCCACUCUCCAUGUGCACCUGGACCAUGAAAGCCCAGGACUGCAGGAGGGGGUGGAUUUGGCAUGGAGGACACUGCUGGGCAGCACAAGUACCACAGGAACUCUGGAGCUAAGCUGAGCCAAGAUGCCGCCAGAGCCCCUGGAGAGGGCCUGGUUUCUGAAGACUUGGAGUUGGCUGUGAAAAGCCCUUGGGGGGCCCCCCCAACGGCAGGGACGCUCCUGGCUCCUGUGAAGGGGCUCAGGGCCUGGGCAGGCCAGCUGUGCUGCAGCUAUGGACCGUGAGCUGGCCUGGCCUGCGUCCUUGCUGACCCUGCCCAUCUGCAGCUGUGCCCAACAUGGGCUCCUCGGUGUACAUCACGGUGGAGCUGGCCAUUGCCGUGCUGGCCAUCCUGGGCAACGUGCUGGUGUGCUGGGCUGUGUGGCUGAACAGCAAUCUGCAGAACGUCACCAACUACUUUGUGGUAUCCCUGGCGGCAGCCGACAUCGCCGUGGGGGUCCUUGCCAUCCCUUUUGCCAUAACCAUCAGCACGGGGUUCUGUGCCGCCUGCCACAGCUGCCUCUUCUUCGCCUGCUUCGUGCUAGUCCUCACGCAGAGUUCCAUCUUCAGCCUCCUGGCCAUCGCCAUUGACCGCUACAUCGCCAUCCGCAUCCCACUCCGGUACAAUGGCUUGGUGACAGGCACGAGGGCCAAGGGCAUCAUUGCAGUCUGCUGGGUGCUAUCGUUUGCCAUCGGCCUGACUCCCAUGCUAGGCUGGAACAACUGCAGUCAGCAGGAGGGCAGAAACCACUCGCAGGGCUGCAGGGUGGGCCAGGUGGCCUGUCUCUUUGAGGACGUGGUCCCCAUGAACUACAUGGUGUACUACAACUUCUUUGCUUGUGUCCUGGUGCCCCUGCUGCUCAUGCUGGGUGUCUACUUGCGGAUCUUCCUGGCAGCCCGGCGGCAGUUGAAGCAGAUGGAGAGCCAGCCUCUGCCGGGGGAGCGAGCCCGGUCCACGCUGCAGAAGGAGGUCCACGCUGCCAAGUCGCUGGCCAUCAUUGUGGGGCUCUUCGCCCUCUGCUGGCUGCCCCUGCACAUCAUCAACUGCUUCACCUUCUUCUGUCCCAAGUGCAGCCACGCCCCACCCUGGCUCAUGUACCUGACCAUCAUCCUCUCCCACACCAAUUCCGUGGUGAAUCCCUUCAUCUAUGCCUACCGCAUCCGCGAGUUCCGCCAGACCUUCCGCAAGAUCAUUCGCAGCCACAUCCUGAGGCAGCGGGAGCCCUUCAAAGCAGGUGGCACCAGUGCCCGGGCCCUGGCAGCUCACAGUAGCGACGCGGAGCAGAUCAGCCUCCGCCUCAAUGGCCACCCUCCCGGGGUGUGGGCCAACGGCAGUGCCCCCCAGCCUGAGCGGCGACCCAAUGGCUACACCCUGGGGCUGUUGAGUGGAGGGAGUGCCCGUGAGUCCCACCGGGACGUGGGCCUCCCAGACGUGGAGCUCCUCAGACAGGAGCUCAAGGGAGAGCGCCCAGAGUCCCUGGGCCUCGAGGGUCCCCAAGCCCAGGAUGGAGCAGGAGUGUCCUGAUGAACCACUGAGUCUGCCCCUUCCUAAGGGAAGGAAAUCUUUCUCUUCCUGGUUGGUGGAACCAGUCACGUUGAGAGAAGAGUGCAUGUGCCGGAGACCCUUCUCAUGGCCGGUUUCCACUUUGGACUGAGGAGGGAGCCCCGGCUGGAGCAGCAUGAGGCCCAGAAGGAAGGGUUUGGAGUCCGAGGAAGUGGACGUUUCAUGCUGGGAGGCCCUGCAACAGGCCAGAGCCCCAGCACGAGAGCAUCUUGGCUGGCCAGGGCUGGUCCCCAACUCCAGAAGCACCUAGAAGUGCCACCUUGUCUCCGCAGAGCAGCUGUGGCAGAGCAGGUUGGCUGGCCUGAGGCUGGGGAGUGGUUCCAAAAGGCCCCCCUGCCACACACACACCACCCUCCCCAGACUUUCCAAGGAUUCAGGAGCUAUUGUGCUCAGAGGUGGCGUUUGACUAUUUUUUCCAGGAGAAAAUGUAAGUGUGAGGAAACCCUUUUAAUCUUCCCUCCCUGGUUGCUGGCUCUGUUUCAGCCCUGCUGCUAACCUGGCACCAGGAGUUGGCCCAGGGAGACCCAGGCAGCCCUCUCCUGCUGCCAUGAGCUGCCAUGCACGUCUCCUUCGAGGACAGCGAGUUGUAAUGGAGCCGUGCCAGAGCGUGGGCGCAGGGGAGGAUGUCGGGGCUGGCCAGGAUGGGUUAGCCUGGGGAGCUCAGAGCUGCCCAGGUAGAGGCCCUAUCUAACUGCCUUUCCUUCUGAAGGGAAUGUUUUUUUUUUUCUGAGAUACAAUAAAAAUGAGCCAUGUUGUGUUUUAAGCUUGUCCAAUGAGAAUGGUGUCUGAGUUC